CUCACGCGAAAGCUUCUCUUAGCCUGGUGCCGAUGUCGGCUGCACUGGACGCGCACUGGACGCAGGUCCUUGGAGCACUCUGGAGCUGGAAGUCAGCAGUGACACAGGCGGAUGGUGGGAUGGUUGGAAGAGGUGCAGGCUGUACCCAUGUGAGCUUGGAAUCAUUCGUGAUGGAAGGCUUUGAUGCGGAGGCCCUCCAUAUGAGGGGGUUCUGCUGGCACCGCACCGUGCUGCUCCUUGUGGACAGUCUUCCGAGGUGCCCGCGGCACCUGGGCCCUGCCGUCACGACGGGGGUUGCUGCUUGCGGGAGCUCGGCCGAUGCCGCUGCCCUCUUCGGUCUUCGAUCGGCCGUUCCAUGCCGGCACCGUGUCCUUGAAGGUCGUCGAGACGGGCUUGAGCUCCUUCUUCCCCUCGGAGGGGGCAAAGAAGAUCGUCCAGUCCCAUGUGACUCCGGCCGAAGACAGCCUCCGGACGAGCGAGUUCCGGACGUCCGGACCGACCUGGCCCCCGUGGUCAAGGGACACCAGCCGUUGGAGUAUGAAGUCUACAUGGAAAAGCUGAUCUACCUGGAGAAACUGCAAGAAUUGGCCACCAUGAGCUCGCGCACGACGGCUCUGCUCUGCGCGACGCUGAGCGUUCCGGUCGAGAUCGCGGCAGGGAUGGGCCUGAGCGUUCCAGUCGUUGUGAACAAGAUCUCCAAGGGCCAAGGGCCGGCAAAGCCUUCGAUCUUCCAUCCCUCCGCGGAUUUUGUGAGGCUGAAGCAGCAUGCGCCAUUGGUCUUGAAGCGCUCCAGGCGACGCGUCAUUGGUGAACCUGUGACCGUGGCAGUGAAGGCAGUGAUUAGCGCCAUGGCCCCACCGAUCCAGGACGCGCGGAGGGAGCUGCGAGCGCUGGGAGCGCUGGGAGGCAGCUUCCGGACAGCCCUAGUCGGUGCGGAUCAGCCCUUGUGCGAGGCGGUCGGCGCGAAGCUCCGCGCGGCGCAGGCCUUGGCCGCCCUGAAUGAUACCUGGCAGCCACCUCCAGUGAAAGACUCUCCAGAGGCAUUGAUGCGGAGGUGUAGGCUGCUGUAUCCAUGUCAGCUUGGGAUCAUUCCUGAUGAAGGCCUUGAUGCGGAGGUGUUUCCAGGUGAACUGGUCCGACCAAGGCGACGGCGAUGGCGUCUCGAGCGGCGUCGUCUGCUGAGUGGCGAUUCGGUAGCGAUUCGGGCUCCGGCAUGUUAUAGGGGCGAGGGAUUUCCAUGACAACUACUUGUACC